UACUUUUGCUCUCUUCGAAUUUGCGAAACGUUCCGCACCCUCGCCCGCCUCGGCGCUUUGCCAAAUGCCAGCGGCGAUGGCCGGCGGCGGGGCAAGCGGCGACGCCGACGGGCCGUCAGAGAUCUCCUCCUCGAGUUCCUCCUUUCUCGCGCUCAUCUGUAGCAGACCUUGGCUUUAUGUGAGCGGUCUCAUGGACUUAUGCGAGGUCCAUUGUUCGAUCUAUUGCUCGCCCAAUCCCGUGGAAUCACGUCUGUUCUGGUCCAGUUAUAGGUGGAAGAGUGGGGAUCAACUUUUGGCACAAUAUUUCUCUACCUUUUAUACUGUAAUAUAUGCAAAGCAUGGAGAGAGUUUGGCAUCACCUUCAGAUGGACUUGUGGAUCUGGUUUCUUCUAUAAUUGUCACCAACAACCUUGCAUGGUUUUCUUAGGACAAGGGCGGAAAAGAAAAUAACCCACUGUUUCAUCUCAUCACUUUAGUGUUGGAAAGUGUAAACUCAACUAUGAGGACUUAGGAAUUAUUUGUUUUAUGAUUCACAAGUUGACUAAAGCUACAAUUAAAAGUCUUAGAAGUUCUCACUUUUAAAGUUUUUUUUUCCUUAGAUUAAACUAUGAUUCUGUAUUGUUGCCUUGUUGGUAUAAAGUUUUCUGCUUAAUAUGUAUAUUUCUUUUAUUUUGAAGCAAUUUGGAUGUUUCUCAAGUUGGUAAGUAAGUAAAUACAUUUAGCACAAUCUUUAUU